AUGGAAAACCAACUUUGUAAGCUUUUUGUCGGUGGACUUAACGUCCAAACCACCGAUGACGGGCUGCGAAAUCAUUUCGAGCAAUACGGGACGCUCACGGACUGCGUGGUCGUCCAGAACCAGCAGCUGAAGCGCUCGCGCUGCUUCGGUUUCGUUACGUACUCGAGCCCCGAGGAGGCGGACUCGGCCAUGGCGGCCCGACCGCACGUUCUGGACGGUAACAACGUCGAGCUGAAGCGGGCAGUGGCUCGGGAAGACGCGGGCAGGCCAGAGGCCCUCGCGAAGGUGAAGAAGAUCUUCAUCGGCGGGCUUAGAGACGACAUCGAGGAGGAUCACCUCCGUGAUUGCUUCUCCCAGUUCGGCGCGGUGGAGAAGGCGGAGGUGAUAACGGACAAAGAGACUGGAAAGAAGCGUGGCUUCGGCUUCGUAUAUUUCGAGGACAACGACUCGGCCGAUAAAGCAGUGGUGCUCAAGUACCAUGUUAUCAAUGGGCAUAAAGUGGAGGUGAAGAAAGCCCUGACCAAGCAAGAGAUGCAGGCCGCUGGGAGUCGUGGUGGCCGCGGCGGGAGGGGGAUGGGCAGACCGCAGAACGGCUACGGCGCGCGCGGCGGCGGAUACGGCAACUGCAGCAGCGGCGGCGGGUAUGGAGGCAAUGACGGCUACGGCGGAGGUUACGGAGGCGGGUAUGGGGGAGGCUACGGGGACCAAAUGGAGGGCUACGGCGGUGGUAACGGCUACAGUGACUUUGGCAGCGGCUAUGGCCAGCAGUCCUCUGGCUAUGGCCCAAUGAAAGGUAAUUACUCGGGCAGAAGCAGCGCUCCUUACUCCCGAGGAGGAGGUGGUGGUGGUGGUUACGGCAGGGGGGGUUACGGAGGCUCGUAUUAGGAGCGUGUAUUAGGUCCUUCCCCAGCCCACAUCACAGUUUCGACCACACAUUAUCUUCAGCUAAGUUGAGCCACUUUAACAUAACGUGGCAUUGACUGAAACACUCGAGCUCCAUUAUCAUUAUCCAGUCCAGCAGAUCAUAGGUAGGGCCAGGGCUCACCUGUCCGACUUUACUCCGCAUCUUACAUCUUUCCCUGAAGUACUAGGGAGAUUUUUUUUUUUCUCUUUCCUUUCAGCAAGACAUAGGACUACUACUCUGGAUCUCUACUUGUAUUAUAAGACUGGCCAGUGGUCGGGGCAGGCUACCUGUUGGCGCAACUGUUACUCAAGUUUUUUUUUUUCUUUGGUUUGGGAUUAGGUUAAGAUUAGUAUUUUUGCUUGUUAAUUAGAGUAGGCAUGUGUUUUUCACCUUUUAGUGUAUGCAUUGUAUCUUUAUUGUGUCUGUUCUUUUUUUCAAAACGCUUAAUAGUGCAGUCAAUCAAAUUAAUCGCAAACAAAAUAAAAGCGUUUGUUUGUAUAAUACACUGUGUAUAUAUGCGUUUAUAUAUAAAUACACAAACCUACAUAUGUUUAUAUUAAUAUAAUUUAUAUAUACAUUUUAUAUAUAAACCAAAUACAUUAAGUGUAUACAUGUGUGCGUGUAUUUACAUAUACAUAACAAAUAUGCAUAGUACAUAUAUUAUGUAAACACAUUUUUUUUUGAAUGCGAUUAAUCGUUUGACGACUAACAUUUAAAUCUGAUUUUGAUUGAGAGCCAAUCAGCAGUGAAACCCUGUAGCGAUUCAAACAUCCAUUGGCUGGCUGCAGGCGUUAUUUGCAUAUCACGUGAUGUUUUGAGUGCACAGUGCCUUGAGUAAAAAUCCCAUUCAUUUUCUUCAUAAAGCAAGGCAGACACUAUAAGCUAUGAGGUUAAAUGGUGUGUUGUGUUUAUUUUCCACUCGUUUUGCAAAUAUGUAGAAACCAACCAUAAUUCUUCAAUCAGAGAAUUAAUAUUUGCAUAUUUUGCAAUAAGCAUAUAAUGUUUCUGUAUGCAUACUCAAUAUCUUUAAAUCAAUAGUUUUGUCAUUCGCAAUGUUUCCUGGGAUUGGAGUACUUUCCGUUUUGUGUAUUUGCCCUCUACAAAUACUUUUUUGCAUCGAAUCAAAGAUCGCAAUGUUUCGGCUCAUUGCUGGUUGGUUUGACUGAAUCAUAGCUCUGUAACAAAUGCUUUUUAAAAAUGAAUGGGGAAAAAUUCUACAGAAAACCAAGGCAGCUGAAAAAGUAGACUGGCACUGUUGAACUCAAUUAAUCCACUUGCUGCAGAGUCUGCUGCCAACCAAUGAAAGAUUGAAUUUAUUUAAUUAGGCUCGAUUGCAACUAGCUGUUUGUUCUAACAUAAGAAAAGUGUUGGAUUAAAUUGAAAAAUCUUUGUCGUCUCAGUAAAAAAUAUGCAAGUUAAAAGGACUAGUUCCAGCUUCGAAUGUUCAGGCUCGCUCAAACAACCCUCAACGUCCGUUAAUAGUUAAGUGAUUAACGUGUGUCCCCUCCCAAUUAGUGUAAUCUGUUAAAUAGUUCAAGAACAUUAUGAAAAUAUUGUCAUUGGUGGUGUUACAGUGAACCUUUUGGUCGGGACUCUUGUUUUUCCUACAGUUUAAUUAUUUAGUAAAGGACUUAAAUGCUCUUGUCUCAUUGUAUUACUGCUUCAACCCAUUGAAUAUUGUUUAUUUCAGAUACAACUGAACUGUAUGUAUUUCUGUUAAUAAAAAUCAUUACUCCGUA